ACCUAAGCCAUGAUACACCUAGACUGUACACUGUCAUGGCUGAACUCUCUGUUCUCUAAAAGAUUACUUUGGCUUGAAGUGUGUAAACCAUGGACACCCAAAUGAACGUUAAAACAUGAGGCUUGCUGUUGUACUGCAUAAUUGGGUACAUAGCCUACUACCUACAGCAUCUUUAACAAAAUAUAUUUAUUUGACUCCUAAAAUAAACCGGAAGUACGUCAGAAUUUAAAAUCUAGGAUUUAGAUCUAUCUAGAUUCGGUGGGCCUUUACAACUUCCUUCCCCUCCAUUUUCCGUCGCUCUCACGGGCUAUUAUUGUAUUUCCGUAGUGGCGUAGUGUCCUGACGCCAUUUUGUGUGUUAUCAUGUCUUAUAAAUUAAUUUUGUGAACGUUGAUUUAAUCUUGUGAACGUUGAUUUCAAGCCAUCAUGAUUAAGUCUUCUAGUAAUUCGGGUUUCCACAAUAUGAAAGUGGACACAAGCAGGAAUCUGUUCGCUCAAGUGUCCGAACGUCUCGGUGUCUUCAAACCAGGCCAAGGGUUGAACGAUAUUGCCCAGGUUACCGAUGAGAGUACUCAAACCUUUUCAAACUCGCCACUAGACCAAGUUCGUCGGGAAGCUGAGUUCAUGGCCAAAGAUGUUGUGGUUAAUUUCAACGUGGCAAGCCCUAGUCGAGCACCAAACAGAUACUGUAAAACUCUUCGUCGUACUGUGAAAGAGCUGUCUGACAGGCACAAUCUGGUUUUCAAAGGAAUGGUCAACAGAUUAAAGCCAGAAGACGAAAGCAGUCUCUUCUCUACAUUUGUUAUUGUUGCUGAUGAAAUUUUUGAUGAUGGACAAGUUAACUGGGGACGAAUUGUAGCGGUAUACGCUUUUGCUGCCCGUCUUGCCUUGUACUACAUUGACAAUAACAGCUCAAGUUCAGAUUCCGUCAAUGACAAAAGGCUUGUGUCAUAUCAAGAAAAAAUUGCCCUGUUUGUUGGAAAAUAUGUUGCCAGUAAACUUGGAAAAUGGAUCUUGGAUCAUGGAGGAUGGGAUGCCUUUGUGGAGUACUUCCCAGACCAGGGAGAAUUCGAAGAAAAGAUUUGGAAAGGAGUCCUCUUCACUGCAAUUGGUCUGGGUGCCUUAGCUACUGUUGUGGCUUCGAGAUGAAAUGAUACAAUAUCAGGAAGGAAAAUCUCUGACUGCACAGACUUUCAUGUGUCAAGGAAAGGGUUUUGAACACUACAACGGCUACGCAUAGAGUUCAAGUGGAUGCUUUUUUAUUAUGAAUGAGUCAUGACUGAUGUGUAUAACUUGGAUGAAUUGCAAUCUACUUAACUGUUUCAAAGUUUGAUAAUUUUUAAAAA